UACACAAAUUCUAUAAAUCUGCGCAGGUUGCCAGUGUUUUGCAUUGACUAUGGUUUAGUUAUUUUUCUUUGCAUUUUGAUUCGCCAAGCGAUCGCCCACAACAGAGUUUAAUGUAAAUUAAAAAAAUUGCUGUACUAGACACACACAUUUACCUUAAUGUUGUCUGGUAUAGACGUAUUGUGUUUAAAAGAAAAACGUGCAAAACGUACACCAAUUUUGCACCGAGAUUUCUGGCAGCGCUGAUCAAAUUAUAUACAUUAAUUUAAAAACGAAAACACAUUUCGGUCGUGUUGGUAGUGUUUGUUUACAAUUGAGCCGCUGAUUGUUACUGAAGUGUUGCCACCAUCUUUACUUAAAACGCAAUAAAAAAAAAAAUAAGAAAAUGAGCGAUGACAAUAGCAAUUUUGAGGACAUCGACAACAGCGACAAUGACAGCGUAGAGUCUUUUGCUACAGCUGCUGCUUGGGAAAGAAAAUCUAUAAAAAGUGCGCCCCUUCUGCCACACGAAUGGUUGUCCCUGGAGCAGAAACUGAAGCGCAUUAUAGUUAUUCAACAAACGGAUCAGUCAUACCAUAGGGCACUAAGCGACAUACGCGACCAAGCCAUCAUCUCGGUGCUGGUGGAGCCAAGCUUUUAUGGGCGGCAUUGCAUUACAUCCGUCAUGGUUAUUGCCACUGCGAAUAAUACUUAUGUGUUUGAUCUGAAAGCGCUGGGUGUAAUUUUUCGGGAACUAUCUGUGCUGCUGCAGGCGGAGUAUCCUAGAAAAAUAAUGCACUACAGUCAUCGAAUAUGCGAUUUGCUGUUCCAUCAGCACAAGCUAAGAAUAAAUGGAAUUUGCGAUACGUUCGUGGCGUUGUGCGUGGCUCGACAGGAUCGCAGUAAUUGCACGUUGCAGGACGCCAUUGCGCUUAUUUUUAAGCUACCGCUGUCCGAGCUGACCUGCGAUGAGAUAACUAGUGCAAGCGAGUCGCUGCGUAACUUCACCGCACGCCCUUUAUCCAGAGGACAGAUCCAGUACCUGGGAAAACUUGCCAUAUUACAACAUAAGUUGCACGAUACGCUUAUUUACGGAAAUAUUUGUAGCGAUUUGCAAGAAAUGUCGGAAAAAUUCAGCUGCGAGUUUAACAAGCAAAAGAAAUCGGACGAAGUGGCACUGAACAUGAGACCUGGUAGCAAAACUGGCUUCGACUGCAUAGAUCCAUACUACAAAAUAUCAACAUCGAUGGACUAAGUACAUUUCCUUAAUAUUAUUGUUAAAAUGGAUCCAACACGCGCAUGCUGAACACAUUCCUCACGUCUCCUUCUUGCUUUUUCAAUUCCCUUACAAUCUUAAAGAUUGUACUCCAUUUCUUUGUUGUAUCGUUGCAUUUGGGUGCAUCCAACUGCAAAAUACUCUACUCACAAAGUAGAUUUCUUUAAUUCUUGUUUUAAUGGCUUUCCGACUGUAACCCAAAACAGUAACAUUAAAGCUUGGAAAUAAUAUUUUUUAUUGUCGGGGGAUCCUGUGGUUAAAUCACUAACCAUACAACAUAUAGAUGAGACAUCCAGUACAAUUGUAUGUGGACAUUCAUAAUUUUAACAAUAAAUAUAAUAAUGCUAAAAAAAUAUAUAUAUUUUUGACAACUGGUCCAAA